AUGGCCCUAUCUAGUGCAUACAGUGUCCAGGCCUUCACCAAAGUGUUAUGUGCACUACACAAUGUCACAUAUAUCAAAAUAUUUUGUGAACAAUUUGUGAUCGCUUUUGAUGUCUACCUUGCUAUCAUUUGCGAGAUUCGAUCAUGCAUUGAUGUGGUAUUUGGUCAAUCUGACCCUGACUGGCGACUUCACAACAGCUGCCCUGCAUGUACCUUCAAGCAACCUGAUGAAGUUGCCUUGUAUAUGAUCAUGUCAGAAGAUGUCGACAAGUUUAAAGAUGACAUGUGCUUAUGUCCUGGUGAACAGAGUGUUGGCAAUGAGUCUGUUCAACCAAACGAAUCUCUUACAUGCAUGGACAACUGGCAAGCAGCCAAUUCUAUGUCUGGGAGUGAGAACACUGUCCAUGUCUUCAAGCAGACAGGAAUCUUUUUAUCUGCAUGUCAGCAUGGAAUUAUUCAGACUCUUACCAAAAUGAGGUGCAGUGGAGAGCUGGCAAAGUACCCUCUGGCAACAAUCAACAAACUAAUUGAUGUGUUUGGCGACCACCUUGGCAUUGGUAGUGACAUUGGAUGCAGUCUUCAAAAAACAAAAGCUGGCAACCAUCAUCUUAUUCUUGCUGUCAAUGCAUUUCAUGGCCACACGCACAAUCGCAAGUGCCAGCUGCAACAUCACCCUCUUUACUUGCUGCCACUUAUACAUCAUGCAUCACGUUUUCAUUAUGUUCAGUUCCUGGAGCUUCAUUUUGACCAGUGGGAUAUUGAUAAGUACCUUGAACUUAGCCGGUUUAUUCUGAAUAACUACAAGCAAGCGCUAACUAUGAUCUCUGACUACACCAAGGAACUUGAAGCUUAUUGUGCAACAUUCCCUGGGCAGGGACUUGAUUUUGAAAGUUGGAUUGCAGAAGAGCUUGCUUAUCUGGAGGCCAUGGCUGUAGAGCCUGUGCAGGAUGCUACUGUGGUUGAGUACAUUGAAGUGCUUGAGAAGCUCAAUAAGUACCAGUGA